CGCGCAACAAACAGCAAUUGAGUUUCUCAGCCGCUCACUUUGAUCGGUUCAGACGCCCCGACGGGUUCUAAUUCCGAGUACAGUGGUCUUGUUGAAGAGUCUUUGCGGUACUUCGACACGAGUGGGUUCUCAUUCAAGACUUCUCCGGCGGCGAAGCGUGUGGCAGCAUAUCCGACGGCGCCAUCGAUCGUACGAUCCGGAAGGGGCGUUGAAAACGGACUCUACAUUUCCAAUUUGGUGCUGCGUGUGGGGCAAUGACGAUACCGGUUUUGGCUAGUGUAGAGGUGGUAGCUCGUCACUUCGACGCGCUCGGUGCACUCGAACACGUAGAGCGGAGCAUCAGCGACUUCAGCGACUAUUCCAAAUUCUGGACCAUGACUAGAGCGGCUGCUGUCGGAAAUAUUGUGCUGCUGCGACGUCUGCACGCUGCUGGAGGCAAUACGAAGGACACUUUCUCCACACGUGACGUCGAGCGAGCGAUCGAGCUGGCGGCGACGAGCGGACACCUUGAAGUUGUGCAAUUUCUGCAUUCCAGCUACCCCCAACGCGGCAGGACGUGGUGUCUGGAGCUCGCGGCCUCGAACGGCCAGCUGGACGUGUUGAAAUGGCUUCACGAGCAUGGUGAUGGCAAAGAUUGCCUCACCAUGUCGGCUUUCGACGAUGCUGCGGAGAACGGACACCUCGAGGUGGUCAAGUGGAUGCACGAGAACCGGUCGGAGGGUUGUACGACGCGCGCAAUGGACUGCGCUGCACGCAGUGGGAGAUUCGACAUCCUGAAAUGGCUACACGAGCAUCGACAAGAAGGAUGCACCACACAAGCGAUGGAUUGGGCGGCGCGAGCGGGGCAUCUGGAGGUGGUACAGUGGCUGCACUUGAAUCGACGUGAAGGAUGUUCCACCAUGGCGAUCGACGCCGCAGCUUCCAAUGGCCACCUGGAGCUUGUACAGUGGCUCCACGAACACUGCAGCAUGACCUGCUCCUGUUUCGCUUACACGGUGGCUGCAGAACGAGGCCACCACCACGUGCUGGAAUGGAUCGGACAGACCGAGCACAACAAUGAUAGCUGA